ACUAAAGAAUUUGUACCAACACACAAUGGUUAAAGAAACAAAACUUUACGACUUAUUGGGGGUAUCACCUUCAGCAGGUGAAACAGAAAUCAAAAAGGCAUACAGAAAGUCUGCAUUGAAAUAUCAUCCAGACAAGCCUACAGGUGAUACAGAAAAGUUCAAAGAAAUCUCUGAAGCAUUUGACAUUUUAUCCGAUGCUGACAAGAGACAAGUCUACGAUGAUUAUGGUUUAGAAGCUGCCAGAGGUAACGCACCUGCUGGUGGUAUGGGCGGCAACCCCUUCGGCGGUGCCGGAGGAGCUGGUGGCCCUGGUGGCUUCCAUUUCUCCUCUGGUGGAGGUGGUCACGGAGGCUUUUCACAAUCUGAUGCAUUCAACAUUUUCUCCCAAAUGGGAGGAUUUGGUAUGGGUGGUGGCGGUGGCCAUGACGAUUUUGGUGGAUUUGGUGGAGGUAUGCCAGGUGGAUUUGGCGGUGGACAUUCCAUGCGUCGUCCUGAGCCAGAUACCGUCACACUCCCACUUCCAUGUACUCUUGAAGAUCUCUUCAACGGUACCACCAAGAAGAUGAAGAUCAAUAGAAAGGGUACCAGUGGUGUCAAGGAACAACAAAUUAUGGAAAUCAACAUUAAGAAGGGAUGGAAAGCUGGAACCAAGGUAAACUUUGCCAAUUCCGGAGAUUAUCAACCAGAAUGUCAAGCCAGACAAACCAUGCAAUUUGUUAUUGAAGAAAAACCACAUGCCACUUUCAAGAGAGACGGUAACAACUUAAGCAUGAGCUUGCCACUUACAUUCAAGGAAUCCUUAUGUGGAUUUACCAAGGAAGUUACUACCAUCGAGGGCAGAAAGAUCUCAUUACUGAGACUGAACCCAGUUCAACCAAACACAUCCACAACUUACCCUGGCUUGGGUAUGCCAAUCAGCAAGACUCCUGGUCAACGUGGUGACUUGGAAAUCAACUUCAAGGUUGACUAUCCAUUGUCUUUGACUGCGGAGCAAAAGAAGAUCAUCAACGAAACAUUUUAGAGAGAAUGGUUAUAAAUUGGAAGGAUGUAAAUAGAUUUAUAGCGACAGUAAAAUACAGUUAGUUAAUUUAA